UUUUCUUCAAAAAAACACAAGCAGCUCCAAAAUGCUUACACACAUUUCCUGUAUCUAACACUUUAACUACACAUUUAUAUCCUGUAUCUAACACUUUAACUACACAUUUAUAUCAUCAAUGGCUCUUCCCCAGCUCCUUCCUUCUCACUCUUCAUCUCCUUACUUAAAAUCCACUCAACAAAACCCUAGAUUUCUCUUCUCGUCGCCGCCGUCAAUUCUCCUCCGGCGCCGGAAACCUAACCCCCUCCGCUGCUCCGCCUCCUCUUUCUCGGAAAAACACCGCGCUAAUUCCCCUACAAACGACGUCGUUGAGCUGCCUUUGUUUCCGUUACCGCUCGUGCUCUUCCCCGGCGCCAUUUUACCUUUGCAAAUCUUCGAAUACAGAUACAGAAUGAUGAUGCACACUCUUUUGCAAACUGAUCUUCGAUUCGGCGUUAUUUACACUGACGCCGCUACUGGAACCGCCGAUGUCGGUUGCGUAGGCGAGGUUAUCAAGCACGAGAAGCUCGUCGAUGAUCGGUUUUUUCUGAUUUGUAAGGGCCAGGAGAGGUUUCGCGUGACAAAGCUAGUGAGGACUAAGCCUUAUUUAGUUGCGGAGGUGAAUUGGUUAGAGGAUAGGCCGAAAGAAGGGGAGGAGGAUUUGGAGGCGUGUGCGAAUGAAGUGGAGAAUUAUAUGAAAGAUGUGAUUAGGUUAUCGAAUCGUUUGAAUGGAAAACCGGAGAAAGAGGCACAGGAUUUGAGAAGGAAUUUGUUUCCAACUCCGUUUUCGUUUUUCGUGGGAAGUACAUUUGAAGGUGCACCUAGAGAGCAACAGGCAUUGUUGGAACUGGAGGAUACUGCAAUGAGGUUGAAGAGGGAGAAGGAGACGUUGAGAAAUACGCUUAAUUAUUUGACUGCUGCAUCUGCUGUCAAAGAUGUAUUUCCUUCUUCAGGAAAGGAUUGAUAAGUAGGUAUUGUUGUUCGAACUUGUUAUGAUUUUAUACAUGAUAAUUAUUAUGAAUUUAAA